AUGGACGGUUGGAGAAGGCCUCCACCAAUGCAGAGUAGGGAAAGAAAUGUCAAGAAAUUAUGUGACUUCCAUAAUGAACACGGCCACCUCACAGAGGACUGCAGAGACCUCAAAGACAACAUCGAGGAUAUGGUCAGAAAGGGAUAUUUUUCGCAGUAUAGGGCGAAACAAGAAAAUGGUAACAACAACUCGGUGGGGGGAAACCCUGCAAAUUCGUACCGGCCACAACAACAGCAAAAUCAACAACAAUACCCCAGAAUCGAACAGCCAUAUCAGCCACCUAGAAUCGAGCAAAAACAGCCGGAAACCAGUGCCAGAGCAGAACAGAGGGACGGCGGAAAAAAAUCUCCCGUGUAUGUAAUCUCUGGCGGCCCAGUCCACGGAGGGACGAUAAGCGGCGCCAGCAGAAGUUUGGAAGAACACAGGCACAUGGUAAACUAUCAUAACACAAGAGUGUGGCCGAACCCACCCAGCAUACCAGUGAUGACGUUCUCGGAAUCGGAUUGCAGAGGCAUCAUUUUCCCGCAUGAUGACCCGCUAGUUCUAACAAUCGAUAUAGCAAAUGCCGAUGUGAACAGAGUACUGGUAGACGGUGGCAGCUCAGCAAACAUCAUUUUCUGGGAAGCCUUCAAACAGUUGCACAUACCAGAGGACGAGCUUUAA